AUGAAGUGUGUUCCACUAACUUUUCGAAAUCUAAUAAAAAACUUUUCUAAAACAUGUAGAAAUUAUUCUUCUGGGGCAGAGUCAUUUAAAGUUAUACGUCCAAAUGAAAAAAUUAGAAAUAUUGGUAUUUCAGCUCAUAUUGACUCUGGAAAGACAACAGUCACAGAACGAAUUUUAUUUUAUGCGGGUAGGAUAGAUUCUAUGCACGAGGUUAAAGGAAAAGAUGAUGUUGGAGCUACAAUGGAUUUUAUGGAACUUGAAAAACAGAGAGGAAUCACAAUUCAAUCUGCUGCUACUUAUGUUGAUUGGAAAGGAACAAAUAUUAAUAUUAUUGAUACUCCGGGACACGUUGAUUUUACCGUUGAAGUUGAAAGAGCACUACGUGUGUUAGAUGGAGCAGUAUUAGUAUUGUGUGGUGUUGGUGGUGUACAAUCACAAACAUUUACAGUUAACAGACAAUUAGCUAGAUAUAAUGUUCCUUUUUUAACUUUUGUUAAUAAAUUAGAUCGUACUGGUGCUACACCAUGGAAAGCAUUAAAUGGUUUAAGAGGUAAAUUAAAUCACAAUGCUGCUUUUAUUCAAAUGCCAAUGGGAUUAGAAUCAAAUUUCAAAGGAGUUGUUGAUCUCAUUACCCAAGAAGCUAUUUAUUAUGAAGGUGAAGAUGGUUUAAUUGUAAGAAGAGAUGAUAUACCACAAGAAUAUAGAGCUCAAGCAAAAGAUUUGAGAGCAGAAAUGAUUGAACAUUUGGCUAAUUGUGACGAAAAGAUAUGUGAACAAUUUUUGAAUGAUAUCAAUCCAACUGAAGAUGAAAUUCAUAAUGCUAUAAGAAAAAAUACUAUAUCUAGAGCAUUUGUUCCUGUACUUAUGGGAACAGCUUUAAAAAAUAAAGGUGUACAAACAAUGAUAGAUGCAGUUGUUAAAUAUCUUCCAAAUCCAUCUGAAGUUGUUAACAAAGCUAAUAUUGUUAACGAUAAAGGUGAAGAAGAAAAAAUCAUAUUAAAUCCUAUUAGAAGUGCCACAAAAAGCAAAGAAAAUCCAUUUGUUGGAUUAGCUUUUAAACUUGAAGCAGGUAAACAUGGACAAUUGACAUAUUUCCGUGUAUACCAAGGUCAACUUUCAAAAGGUGAUGUUAUAUAUGCAACAAGAGAUGGAAGAAAAGUUCGAGUACAAAGAUUAGUUAGAAUGCAUGCUAAUGAUAUGGAAGAUAUAGAAACAACCUAUGCUGGAGAUAUAUGUGCUAUAUUUGGUGUUGACUGUUCUUCCGGUGAAACUUUUUGUAGUGAUGAAAAACUAAAUAUUCAUUGUGAAAAUAUGCACAUUCCUGAACCAGUUAUUUCCAUGUCUAUCAAACCUAUUAAUAGAAAAGAUGGAGAUAAUUUUAUUAAAGCUCUUAAUAGAUUUACUAAAGAAGAUCCAACAUUUAAGAAAGAAUAUAAUGCUGAACAUAGAGAAACUGUUGUAAGUGGUAUGGGUGAAUUACAUCUUGAAAUUUAUGCACAAAGAAUGAAAAAUGAAUUUAAUUGCCCAGUUGAACUAGGUAAACCUACAGUUGCAUAUCGUGAAUGUAUUGCUUCACCAUAUAAAUUUUUCUUCCGUCAUAAAAAACAAACUGGAGGACAAGGACAAUUCGGUGAAAUUGAGGGUGUUAUUGAACAAUUACCUCCAGAGAAGAAUACUGUUGUCGAGUUUUCAGAUCAUACUUUUGGAAAUGGAAUUCCUAAAUCAUUGUUCCCAUCAUUAAAAAGAGGUUUGGACCAAAUAAUUCAAGAAGGACCUUUGAUUAAGAAUAAAGUUGCUGGUAUAAAUGUUAUUAUUACAGAUGGUAAAACACAUGCUGUUGAUUCAACUGAUAUUGCUAUGAUUAAUACAAUGAUGAACAUGAUGCGUGAAGCAUAUGAAAAAGCACAAUGGAUGAUUUUAGAACCAAUUAUGAAAGUUGAUGUUGUUACACCAAUCGAUUUCCAAGGAAGUGUUGUAACAUCAUUAACACAAAGAAAUGCUCUUAUUACAAAUACAGAUACUACUGAAGGAUAUACAACAAUCACUUGUGAAGCACCAUUAAAUGAUAUGUUUGGUUAUACUUCACAAUUAAGAUCUCUUACAGAAGGUAAAGGAGAAUUCACCAUGGAAUAUUCAAGAUAUGCUCCAACAUCAGUUGAAGGACAGGAAAACAUUAUUCAUCAAUGGAAAGUUGCUAAUGGAUUGAUUGAUGUAAAUGCUGACAAAGGAAAGAAAAAACGUCGUUAG